AGACUUCGUAUACAGCUUAUGCUGACGUGUGUUGGGCUGUGUAACUCGUCAUCAAGAAGAGAUAAUUGAAAUUACAUUAUUUCUUUGCUUAUUCAUUCUUUCUGCCUUCUUUUGCCUAUACAAAUUAGAAAGCACUCACAUCGUGGUUAGAGUUGGUGGGGGACUUUUGUCUAAUUCUUUGUAAUCUCCCUUUAUCAGCAUGGGUCUGACAAUUUCCAGUCUCUUCACUCGGCUGUUCGGCAAAAAGCAAAUGAGAAUUUUGAUGGUCGGACUUGACGCGGCUGGUAAAACCACUAUCCUCUACAAGUUGAAGCUAGGAGAAAUUGUGACCACUAUCCCAACAAUCGGUUUCAAUGUGGAGACUGUUGAAUAUAAAAAUAUUUGUUUCACUGUCUGGGAUGUUGGAGGCCAAGAUAAAAUUCGCCCUCUUUGGAGGCACUAUUUUCAAAACACCCAAGGACUCAUAUUUGUUGUAGAUUCCAAUGACAGAGAGAGAAUCACAGAGGCCCAGGAUGAACUGCAGAAAAUGCUUCAAGAAGAUGAGUUGAGAGAUGCUGUUGUCUUAGUAUUUGCAAACAAGCAAGACUUACCACAGGCCAUGAGUGCUGCUGAACUUACAGACAAACUAGGCCUUAACCAGCUCAGGGGGAGACGGUGGUAUAUCCAGGCAACAUGUGCAACUCAGGGUCAUGGGUUGUAUGAAGGACUAGACUGGUUGUCUAAUGAACUAGCUAAAUAAAGGUAUUUAGCAUCAUUUUUUGGUAAAUAUGUUGCUGAAGGCUUAAGGAAAUUCCUCAUGUUAUGAAUUUGGUGGAGGGAUACAAGACAUUCCUCCCAAGCUAUUAUUCUUUACUUUCAGUCCUUUCCCCUUAUUUGCUCUUCUUUUGAUGAAUUGUUGUUUGUCAUUUGGAUGUAUCUUUUGGAUGUCAAAUUGAGAAAAAGAAAAAAAAAAUCUGAAGAAUACAUUAGUUACAGUAUUUGCCUUA